GCCCCUAGGCCUGGGCCGGGCGACGAGGACCCUGAGAUCAUCGGCUCGGACGGCCCCCGAGAGUCUGUUCGGUUCGCCGGCCUCGACCUCGGCCAGGCUCCGCUCCUCCGGCUCGCGAGGGGCCUCGGCGGUUGUGGCGGCGGCGCCCGGCAUGUAUCAGAGCCCGCGGCGGCUCUGCUCCGCCCUGCUGCAGAGAGACGCGUCCGGCCUGCGCCGCCUGCCCACCCCGGGGCUGCGCCGCCAGUCGCCUCCGCCGGCGGCCGCCCCCCGGCCCGCUCCCCGGCUCCUGGCGGCGGCCUCAGCGGCCUCGGGCGCCGCGAGGUCGUGUUCCCGAACAGUGUGUCCCAUGGGAAACGGUACGAGCAGGCUCUACAGCGCUCUCGCCAAGACCCUGAGCAGCAGCGCCGCCUCCCAGCACCCGGAAUAUUUGGUGUCACCUGACGCAGAGCAUCUGGAGCCCAUUGAUCCUAAAGAACUCCUUGAGGAAUGCAGGGCUGUCCUGCACACUCGACCUCCCCGGUUCCAGAGGGAUUUCGUGGAUCUGAGGACAGAUUGCCCCAGUAGCCACCCACCUAUUCGGGUCAUGCAAUGGAACAUCCUCGCCCAAGCUCUUGGAGAAGGAAAAGACAACUUUGUACAAUGCCCUGUGGAAGCACUCAAGUGGGAAGAAAGGAAAUGUCUCAUCCUAGAAGAAAUCCUAGCCUACCACCCCGAUAUAUUGUGCCUCCAAGAGGUGGACCACUAUUUUGACACCUUCCAACCACUCCUCGGUAGAUUGGGCUAUCAAGGCACGUUUUUCCCCAAGCCCUGGUCCCCUUGUCUAGAUGUGGAACACAACAACGGACCAGAUGGCUGCGCCUUGUUUUUCCUCCAGAACCGAUUCAAGCUAGUCAACAGUGCCAAUAUCCGGCUGACGGCCAUGACACUGAAAACCAAUCAGGUGGCCAUCGCACAAACUCUGGAGUGCAAGGAGUCCAGUCGACAGUUCUGUAUUGCUGUCACCCACUUAAAAGCACGGCCUGGCUGGGAACGAUUUCGCUCGGCUCAAGGCUGUGACCUCCUCCAGAACUUGCAGAACAUCACCCACGGAGCCAAGGUCCCCCUUAUUGUUUGUGGGGACUUCAAUGCCGAGCCGACAGAGGAGGUGUACAAGCACUUCGCUUCCUCCAGCCUCAACCUGAGCAGCGCGUACAAGCUGCUGAGCGCUGACGGGCAGUCCGAGCCCCCGUACACCACCUGGAAGAUCCGGACCUCGGGGGAGUGCCGCCAUACGCUGGAUUACAUCUGGUACUCUCAGCAUGCUCUGCGUGUGAGGUCGGCUCUCGAUUUGCUCACUGAGGAGCAGAUCGGACCCAACCGGCUACCAUCUUUCAAUUAUCCUUCAGACCACCUGUCUCUAGUGUGUGACUUCAGCUUCAAUGAGGAGGAACCUGACGGACUUUUAUAAAUGCUUGUCUGUCUUUUUAAUCACAAGAGUCUUAACCAGGGAUGUUUCAGGAAACUGAAAUAGGAUAAGAAGUUGCUUGAGGAAGGAUUCCCAGUUUCUCUGACAUCAUUUUCCAUGUUUCCAGCAUGCCCUUGGGAAGGAAUCCCAUUAGUCCACAAACCUUUUCUAUUAAAACCUACAGCAAAAAAGGUGUUUGCACUCCAGUUUUGGCUUGUAUUAUUUUCUUUCCCUUAGCAUUACAUUUUGAUCAUUUAAGGGCAUUAAAAUUUAGGCUUGUUUUGUAGGUUUUUCAGUUUAAGAAUGCUAUGUAAAAAUAGACUUGCUUGAGUCCUCCAUAAUUAACAAUAAGUAUUCAGGAGCAAUUUUUCUAGGUAGCAUUUCAAGUUAUUUAUUUGUGGGUUUUUAAAAUGUCAGCAAGAUACGCCUGGCAAUAUUUAUUUUUUUAUAUUUUCAUGUAAGAUUAAAUAAAUAAAUUAGAGCAUUGUGAAUGUUUUAAAACCAUGCAAAACAUAAGUUAUAGAGUAAUUUAUAGUGAUUUUCUUAAAUCUCUAAGAUCUUUCUUUUUGGGGUCUAACAAUAGUAGUGUACGAAGGGACUAUUUAGCCUGACGGGCUUUUUUGUUUAUUUAAGUGGAAUCCGUGAUACUUUUCUCAGAAGUAAUCCUUGCUAUGGCUCCAUAUUCCCAUUAUUGUGUUUCUCUUAAAAGAGAUUCCAUUGCCAAUCAGUCUUCAUUAUUGAAUCACUGUUACGCACUUAUUGUUUUCCGUUGGAAUGCUAUGGUAUACAUUUGAGGUCACUUGAUGUCUAUUUGUAUUGGACUGUGCUUUUCACGCUAGGUUAUUUAGGAACUGUUAUGUGGCAGUAGCUAAGGAAGUAAGUGGGGCCUUCUUUUCAGAGAUGGGAAACUAGAAAGCCUGUUAACGAGGCUGUCCGUGAACUCUCCUAUGAUAGCCAGGUGGCUCCUUCAAAAUGUCUAGAAAGAAGAAUGUAAAAAGUUAGGAAGAUAACCUGGAAUUCUCUUCCAUAAGAAAUAAAAGUGGUACAAGAUAACAGAUGAAGCUCCUUUCAAGCAAAAUCCCAACAAAUAACCUAUUGGUAAUAAAUUGAUAAAUAUUUUAACCCAUGAGUUGUAAAUAUUUAAGAAUAAUAAAAGGUCUUUUAAAGCUA